UGUAAAUUUAGCGUUACUAUCAGAUAUACUGAAACAAAUGAAAAUGCACAGGGAAUUGGCGCAAAAUAUUUUCCAUCUUUUACUAGUUUUAUCAGCAAUAGAUCUGUACUGUGCAUACAGAGUUGAAGUGACGGUAAAAGACGGCGGAACCUUACAAGCUGUGUCUGAGUUCGAGAUAGUAAAUCACGAUAAUCCUCCAUUUGAGACAGAUUCCGAAGAUACAGUUUAUGAACACGGUAAGAAUUCAUUUUUUAGACAAGAAUCGUCUUCCGAUGGAUCGGAAAUAUUUCUACACACAGACCAGAAAGUUAUAGAUGGCGUCAAUAUUUCGGGGUUUCUCGGUAAUCUUCGUCACAAACGAUCUCUUGAUCGACUUCCGGAAAAAUGUGUCAGAAAUGCAGAAGAUUCUGACUUAUCGAACCAUGCUGUUACUGUAGAAAUUGGCGAGACUAUUCAUUUACCUUGUCACGACUGUCGUGAAGAUAAACAUGAAAUGUUCGAAUCCCUGCAAUGGCUGAAACUAUAUCUUUAUCCUAAUUCUAAUGGAUUGUAUCAUAUCAAAGAAGUUGUGCCAGAUCUACAUGACGAGGAGAAAGUAAACAGGAUAACUUUAACUUUAGACCAUACCCUUGUUUUGAAAAAAGUGCAAAUGUCCGAUACCGGAAGUUAUUUCUGUAUACCGGUUGAUAGGAGCAAUAAUUUCAUGAAUCUGCGGCUAAAAUGGAACGAGUUGCAAGAAUAUAUAGCAAGAGAAUCACACAUGCGGUAUUUCUUUCAUGUAGAUGUGAUCGAUUUGAAACAUGCUGACACGGUAGAUGUUUCUAGCUAUUCAAAUACAAAACCGCUAAAACCGGAAGUAAUACCGAUCCUAAAUAUAGAAAUCACUACAAGAUGGCACGCAUGGACUUCCUGCAGCGUGUGUGGUGAUGACGGUAUUCGAAAACGAAUGGGAAUCUGUGUCGUUAAGAAGCACAAUUACAACAAAGAAGUGAAUCACGACUACCUUAGACAUAUUCUUAAUUUUGCUAAAAAUGGAAUCCCAUGCCAAUCACAGUUUUUACGAGAUUUUCAACAAGAACCAUGGCUUCAAAAACCAAACCAAAUACAAAUUGAAGAAUGCAAUGUACCAUGUCGGGCUUCCAUUUCAAGAAGAAAACGUGGUAUAACUUCUAUGUUUUCAAGAUCAGAGAUUGAAGAUAAAGAGAAGCAGGACAAAAUUGACAAGAAAAAUGCUAAAAAGAAAGCAAAGAAGAAGUCAGUUCGUGUAGGGUCGUAUUUCAUACUAAAAUGUCCCGGAAUUUCGUUAACUAAGACAAUAAACUGGGUGAAUGGUACAAAGCUUGUUCACAUUAUUAAGAUUCAAAAGUUUUCAAAAAAUAGGAUAACAAUAGACAUGUUUGGAAAUUUACACUUCAAGGCGGCGGUAUUGUCGGACAGCGGAAUCUACUCUUGCUGGAAGAAAAAGAAAAUGAAAUUUAAAUACGAGGUGAAAGUUAAAGAAGACAGAAGUGCAGAAAUCAGACGAUAUACUGUGUAUCUGUGUAUUAGUUUUAUAGGUGAUUUUGCAGUCUUUUUUAUUUUAACUAUCAUAAAGUAUUGUCAGAGAAGAGUUCAACAUCGAAGAAGUAAAAAGGCGAAACAGAUUGAAGAGGAAUCUGGCGAAAGUUCAGGCGAUGAUGAUGAAACUAGCUCCUCUAGUGGGACAUCUGACAGUGACUAAUUUACAAAAUGUUGCUGUCAUGCUACAAAAGCUCAUGUACGAUGUCCGUGCGAAAAGUUUAUGUACUUGUUUGUAUAGAGUCUCAUUUUAGUUUGAAAAGCAAACAUUUAUGGUAAUGCUUCAUAUAGCAAUAUCAUUUGUAUGUAUGUAGGCCUCUAAAUUGCCUAGAUAUUAAGAAAGGCCGAAAUUUCAUACGUGUAAUGGUACGGGCACGUGUAUAGUUUUCUAAGCGUCUGAUGAGUAAAAAAAAUAGAACGUAGAAUUUUCGCACGGAGUAACCGUUCAAAAUGCACUCUGAAGUUUUAAACGUUUAAGACUUAUGCGCAAAAGCCAACUUAUGCGGAAAAUUUUGACAAAAAAUAAAUGUUAAGUUCAACGUCAGUUACACUAUGUGUGGAGCUUAACUUACAUUGAUAUUUAUACAAGUUAUCACAUUAAAUAACUACCUUUUAAACGCCAAGUUAAACUUUUCUGCUAUUUUGCCUUUAUCUAAAGUCUAUAACGGAACUACUGCAACAUGCUAUUCUCAAAGCUAUACAUUGCUAUAACCUUACACACUGUUGAACAAAGUUACGCGAAUUCAAAAUGCAUACGUCAUUAAAUUAUCAGAAAUAUUGUAUUAAGUUUUUAAACUCUCUGGAUUACUUUUGAAGAUAUCGUCAAUAAAUGAUUAGAUAGCCAUUUUUGGCCGUUUGUGAAUUCUGUCGUAAAAUCAAUAGCCUAAUUAUUAAAUGUUUUUGUGUUAAAAGAAACAUACCUGCAUAAUAUAUAUCAAACAUAUAUGUAUCAUACUCUAUAAUACAGAAAUCAGCGUCUACAGAAUAGAUAUAAAAAACCAUGACAGAAUAUCACAUUUUCUCGGGAUUUCUAUGAGAAUGAUAUUAAUGUUUACGUUCUUUGAUUGUACUUCAGAUUUUACCGCUUGACUCACCCAGUAAGGAGGUUUUCCACAUUAUUUUUUUUGUGGUGGGGGUGAGGGGUGUGGGGGGGGGGGGGGUUAAGUUAAACGUUUUCCGCUUUUCAUAAAGGAGGUGAUCCAUAUUUUCCCUCCAUUUUUUAUUUUAGGCACGAUCGACCGGGCACCUGGGAGGAGUCGCCUACCUUUCGCAGUCAGGAUGGCUCCCUCACUAAACAAAAUGCAUAGAGGUUACUGAAUUGACUUAUAUUCUUAUAUUUACUUUUUUAUUUCCAACGAUCAGAAGUAAUCUCUAAACUAGGAAAAUAUGUCAUGAAAAUGGUGACGCGCUUCUGGAGAUGUUCCUACGUUGUCAUCUGGCUAAUGGCGCAAACGAUUGAUCACUCUAAAGUUUAAGCGCCGUUUUGAAACAAGAAAGUUUAGAUAUUGUUGUUGUUGUUGUUUCUGGCUGUUGAUUACGUUGUUUUUUGCAAGAUAGUACAAGUAAUAUGUCACAUUUCAUUUAAUAAAUUUCGCUCUAAAAACGAUCUAUCUGAUAUAUUUUGUACUUUUGUACUAUUACUUUCAUUGUACCUUAGUAAGUGUCUAAAUUGUCAUUACGUGCGUUUAUAUGCGCAAAUGUUGUAUUUAGAUUGCGAAAAAAUUAAAAUCAAAACUUCGAUGACUCAAAUAUU